AUGUCUCCCCCAUCACUAAGUGCCAGUAGACUCGCGCCCACGAUGGCUCGUGCUGUAUUGCAGCGCAGACGACUACCGAUACGCCGUUUGAUGUCUUCUGCGCCACCACGCAGACCGUUCAAGAUACACGUUGGGGCAAGUUUCGAGGGGAAGCCGCCGGAGUAUCGUGCAACCCCAGGGCGACCACUGAAGGUUGCUACAGACUUCCCAAUCGGGAGUGAUAUUCGCGCCUGGAGAGAUGCAAUGCUGUCCAGACCGAAGGGUGUUCCGUCGAAAGAUGCUGGUGAAGAUUUCUUCUAUGUCCAGGAGGUAUGUUAUGGCUCUCGGUCUACGAGACUUAAUGCUAACAGCAAAUAUGACGACUCCGAGCAGAUGCGUAACCAGUCGGGUAUUUCUUUCGGUGUUGCUGAUGGAGUCGGUGGAUGGAUAGACGUCGGGGUAGACCCCUCACUAUUCUCUCAAGCAUUGAUGUAUCACGCGCAUCGAUACUGCAAGCAAUCAUGGGCGGGAGAGCCGGAGACCGAUCCUUUAUCAAAUUAUGAGGAACGCGAGCAGGUACAGGGAUGGGAGCUAAAACCGAGGGAAUGCCUUGAGCUUGCCCAUGGAGCCGUCCUGAGGGAGAAGACUGUAGAGGCGGGUUCAAGUACUGCUUGUCUAAUAAAUGUCAAUGCUUCGAAUGGUCUGUUACGAGCCGCUAACCUCGGUGAUAGUGGCUUCUGUAUUUUUAGAUCUUCUAAUCUACUUUAUUAUCAACCACCCCAAACGCAUUUCUUCAAUUGUCCCAAGCAAUUAUCGAAAGUUCCGUCAGGGACACGAAAGUAUGGGCAGGCGUACACAGACUCUCCCCGAGAAGCAGAUGUUUACGAGACUAGAUUAAGAGAUGGCGACACCGUAGUAGCUUAUACGGAUGGUUUAUCCGAUAACGUGUUUGCGAAUGAGAUGCUGCAAAUAUGCACUCUUAUUAGUCGGUCUGGUGCUCCGGAACAUCAACAAGCCCAAGAAAUGGCGGAUAGACUAGUUUUAUACGCUCGAGCUUGUAUGGUGAAUGACAGAAGGAUUAGUCCAUUUGAGAUUGCGGCUGCUAGAGUAGGGGAGCUUUACAAAGGAGGGAAAGUUGAUGAGUAA